AUGAGGAAGCUGAAAGCCCUGCAAUAUUUUAUUGCAAUAGCAGUUUCUUUGGUGGACAAAAGCGCCGGAGGAAGUUGUAGGGCUGCUAAAUUGUGCUGUCAAGGCCGUGACUCCGGCUGUGUUAUACAGAAAGUAUCUCCGAAUGCCAUUAUAGAGAGUCCUAAAGAUAAGCCUUGUUACUGCGAUCAUGCUUGUCUUAAAUUAAAUGAUUGCUGUAGCGACUUUCGGGAAACUUGUAGUGUAGUCGAUUGUGAAGUUAGUGAAUGGGGAACAUGGUCAGUUUGUGACAACUUGUGUGGAGUCGGUAUUCAAACAAGAAUACGCGUCAUCACCAAGUCUAAACAAAAUGGCGGUAAACAUUGUCCGCAAUUAGAGCAAUCUAGGGUAUGUCAAGAACACGUCGGAUGUCGGCAUUCCGAAAGGGAUUCAUUGUAUAAAACCAACGUGACUCUGCUCACGACAUGGCAAGAGAUGAAUCCCCCCGAGCUAAAUGAAACAAUCGCGACGAAACAAGGAACGUGCUCGGCUUUUACCGUAAUUUGGGCGUCCAGGGCUUGCAGCAAGGACUUUCCAGGCGUUACACUCGGAGCACAAAUUUGUGUCAUGUGUCAUAGUGAGCCAGAGAGCGUAAGCUGUCAAAAUAACCAGGAUCCAUUGGGACCUACCGGAAUCGGCAGGUGGAAAAUAAUAACAUCAGAAUCUGCGCGGUGUCACGGAAAAUGGAUCACCAGCGCGAAUAAUAUCGAGCAGUGUGAUGUCAAUGAGUGCAAAGAAGCAACGUCUUUCGUGUAUGUUUAA